AGUAAAUGCUUUAACCAAUCCAGGGACAACACGAAAGACAACACGAAAGUGUUAAAUUUUGUACUCAGCAUCAAUUCGAGAAAUGCGUGUCCUGUUAAGUUGACAGAAAUGAUGGACUACAAAAAAUUGUGGAGUUCGACUAAUUGGGAGAAAUCUUUUGUUUUGUUUCUUCUGAGUCUUGACAUUUGUUUAAUUGGUGUAUAUAGUGCAAACAAAGAUGUAGAAGAACAUUUAGCAAUGGGAAAAAAACUGUUAGCAGCAGGACAGUUAGCAGAAGCAUUGUCUCACUAUCAUGCUGCUGUUGAUGGAGAUAGAAAGAACUACUUAACCUACUUCAGAAGAGCUACUGUAUAUUUAGCUUUAGGGAAAUCCAAAUCUGCACUUCCUGAUCUGGACAAAGUGAUGGAACUUAAACCUGAUUUUACAGCUGCAAGACUGCAGCGUGGUAAUGUUUUACUGAAACAAGGCAAGCUUCAAGAAGCUAAACAGGAUUAUGAAACAGUUCUGAAGAAAGAGCCAACAAAUGAAGAAGCUCAACAACAGUUACAGUUAUUAUCCCCUAUACACAGUGAUAUAUUAACUGCUAAAGAUUUUUAUGCAAACAAACAGUAUGAUGCUGCUAUAGAUAUACUGGGUAGAGUAGUAGAUAUAUGUCCCUGGGAUGCUGAACUAAGAGAAAUAAGAUCUGAUUGUUAUUUAGCCAUAGGAGAUAAUUUCAAAGCUAUUAGUGACAUUCGCUCAACAACGAAACUUAUUAGUGAUAACACCAAUGCAUAUUUAAAAUUAAGUCAAAUACAUUAUACAAUGGGAGAUGCUGAAGAUUCACUUGUACAAAUCAGAGAAUGUUUAAAAUUAGAUCAGGAGCAUAAAGAAUGUAAAAAACAUUAUACAAAAGUGAAGAAACUUGUAAAACAGUUAAAUUCAGCACAGGAAUUUAAAAAUGAUAAAAAAUAUCAAGAAUGUGUAGAUAAAGCCAAACAAAUAUUGGUGACAGAGCCAAAUGAACCAGAAUAUUUAAUAAAAGCCUAUUCAUAUUUAUGUCAUUGUAAUCAUAGGGCAGGACAUAUAAAAGAAGGUUUUAAAGACUGUGAUACAGUAUUGAAAAUAGAUCCAGAAAAUGUUGAUGCUGUCAUAGAUAAAGCCGAAACCCAUAUAAGUAAUGAAGAAUAUGAUGAAGCAAUUAGAUUAUUCCAAGAUGCUCAAAAUAAAGAUCAAGAGUCCAGACGAAUACGAGAUGGAAUGAAUAGAGCUCAAAAAUUAAAAAAACAGUCUCAACGGAGAGACUAUUAUAAAAUUUUAGGUGUUAAAAGAACUGCAUCUAAAAAGCAGAUAUUAAAAGCAUAUAAAAAAUUAGCCAUGAAAUGGCAUCCUGAUAAGUAUGAAGGAGAUGACAAAAAAAUGGCAGAGAAAAAAUUUAUAGAUAUAGCUUCAGCUAAAGAAGUUUUAACAGAUCCAGAUAAAAGAAAUCAAUUUGACAAUGGAGAAGAUCCCUUAGAUCCAGAGAGCCAGCAGGGACAGGGAUUUAAUCCAUUUGGACAAGGUUUCAAUCCAUUUGGCAGUGGUGGUGGCGGCGGUGGCCAAGGAUUUAAUUUCAAAUUCCAUUUUUAAUGACAAAUAAUACUUAGUUUUAUAUACAAAUUUAUUUUUGUUAAAAGUGCUGUGAAAAUGAAAUUUAGUAUGAUUGUUCAGAUAUAGAUAAAAAUAAGCCUUAUGUCAAUUGCAUGUUCUUAUUGGAAGAGUAUUCUGACUUUAUUGUAGCAUAAGAUUUAUAUUUAUUUGUCACAGCCUGCUUGUUAUGAGAGAAUUUAUAGUGUAUGACAGGAAUGUUUAAUAUUGCUGAUAGAAAUGAAAGUGUGUGCAAGUUUUAUCAGACAUUUUGAAUUCUGUGUGGAGUAAUGUGCAUUCACAUUAUGCAAUCUCAAUAAUCCUAGUGCCCGUAUGUUAAUGGACUUAUAUGUGAACUGUGCUAUUGAAGUCAAGUGCCUUUCAACAUAAAGGAAUGUUAGUAUAUAUUUAUCUGUUAACUCCAUGUCAAAAAUGAAGCCUGACAUUAAUAAUUGAUUCAACUUUGUAAGUUCUUUGCUGUGCAAAAUCAUAUUCUUAAUUUUUGUCCCAUUAUUUAUGAAAUCCAAAAUUGUCAAUGUAACAAAAAAAGUUAGAAAUUUUACACAUGUUUUAAAUGUGCUUUUUAAAAUUAAUCAGUUUCUCAGAUUAAUUUUCUUGCAAUUCCCAUUUCUGUUGUUCACCAUCUGUAGUCAACCAUGUAUGAGAGAUAAUUAGGUAUAUAGGGAAAUUUAAUUGACCCCCUCUUGGUUUAUUACCAACAAGUAUGGGAAAUUAAAAUUGACUCGCCUCUAGUUAUAUAAAAAGAAGGUAAGAAACAAAUGUUGUUAUGGAGGACAUUAUAGGAUAAAAACUUCUGAAUAUUCAUUUGUAAAAAUUUUAAUAUGUUGUUCUUUGCCUAUAUGGUAAAAUCUAUACAUUGUAUAUAAUGCUUUAGGAUCUUUUAAGGUUAGUGCUAUUUCUAUAGUAUAUCAUGUGCUGUUCCUUAUAAAAUAAGGAGAAGAAAUAUGUUUGUUUCAUAUUUUGCUGUAUCCACUUUUCUUUUAUUGUUAUUUUCUUAUCCCACCUUUUGUUUAUCAAAGUGUUUUUUUUCUUUUGCAAAUGCUUAAUGUAUGCUAUAAAACUUUUAUACCUUAUCAUAUCUAAUUCAACUAACAUUGACAGUUAAUUUUUAUUUAUUCUAACUUAUGUCUUGAAAUGGAAGGGAUAGACAGAAAUGUUUACUUUAAAAAUAUUAAGAAAUGAUGAUAAUUGAGAAAUAUAACAUUGUUUCUUUAUUGAUGAACAUUUAAUGAUGUUUUCAAAAAGUGAUUGAGAAAAGGAAAUAUAUAAAGAAACAGUCCAUGUUUUUAUACGACCGCAAAAAUUUUUUUGGGAUCGUAUAAUGGUAUGAUGUCGUCGUCUUCUGCGUCGUCGUCCGAAGACACAUUGGUUUCGGGACAAUAACUUUAGUUUAAGUGAAUGGAUCUCUAUGAAAUUUUUUAAGAAGGUUUAAUACCACAAAAGGAAGGUUGGGAUUGAUUUUGGGGAUGAUGGUCCCAACCGUUUAGGAAUUAGGGGCCCAAAAAGGGGCCCAAAACAAGCAUUUUUCUAGUUUCAGGAUAAUAACUUGUGUAUAAGUAUUUCGAUUGCUCUGAAAUUGUUCCACAAUGUUUAAUACCACAAGUAGAAGGUUGGGAUUCAUUUUAGGGGUUAUGGAGGCCAACAGUUUAGGAAUUAAGGGCCAAAAAGGGGCCAAAAACAAGCAUUUUUCUAGUUACCAAACAAUAACUUGUGUGUAAGUGUAUGGAUCUCUCUGACAUUGUACCACAAGGUUCCAUGUAACAAAGGGAAGGCUGGGAUUGAGUUUGGGGUUAAUUGCCCCAAACAUGUAGGAAUUGGGGGCCAAAAACAAGCAUUUUUCUAUUUUCCAGACAAUAACGUGUGUAAGUGUAUGGAUCUUUCUGAAAUUGUACUACAUGGUUCCAUACUACAAAGGAAAUGCUGGGAUUGAGUUUUGGGGUUAUUGCUCCAAGGGGGGUUUCAAAAAGUUGGGGGGGGUGGGGGAAUUUUUUCCCCAAUUUUUUUAAGGGAUUCAUAUUUUUUUUUCAAAAUUUUUAAAAUUUCGAAUUUUUGAAAAGUUUCAAGAAGAAAUCUUCAAUUGCACAGUAUUGCACAAUGGAUUUAUAAGAUCUUUGACCACAAUUUUUUUGAUUCAUAAACCUAUAUUAUGUCAAAAAUUUGAUCACAAUCCAAAUUCAGACAGUAUCAAGCUUGAAUAUUGUGUCCAAAUUUGCCCCAACUGUUCAGGGUUCGACCUCUGCGGUCGUAUCAGGCUGCGCUCAGCGAAGCAUUUUAAUUUCUUUGUUUUACAUCAUUAACCAAUCGCUUGUUAAAUAAAUGUUCUUUUAUCUUAUCAGUUUAUUUGCAUAAAGAACUGUUUAUAAACUUUUAUUAGAUACUGCUCAGGUUAAACAGCUUGAUUCAAGUGAUUUUAUCUCAGAUUUACUUGAAAUCUAUCAGAGUAAUUUAGGUUUUUUUAAAACAGGUCUUGAUAAUAUUUAAUUGAAUUCACCAUUUGCCAAAAAAUUGGUUUAUGGAAUAUUGGAGCCAUGUUUACCAAAUUUAUGUUGAAAAUGUCAAAUCACUGAUCAAGGUUCAACUGUUAGUAGUUUUACAUCCAUUAAGUCUUGUAAAAAAGGUUAAUUAAAAUCUGCCUACACAAAAUAUCUUCUGAUAUUCAAGGUAUUGAACAUUGUAUGUAUUCUUCAUUUGUAACAAAUGUGGAUGUCUAAAUUUCCAAUCUUUCUGCUCUUGUGUGAUAUUAAAUUUGGCAGGGAUUUUUUUGUACACUCACACAUAAAGAGAAUUAAUGUAUGAAUGAGUGAGCUUGUUUACACAUAUGUCAUUACUUACUGUGGUCAAAGUAUCCAAUUGUUGAAGUAUGAAUUUGUGUCUGUUAUGUUGUUUGCUGCACAAUGUCAUGGCAGUUUGAUAAAUUGUUUAUUUAUAAAGAAAAAAACAAAACCAGAUUUUUUUAAGAA